UUGUUUACAAGGCCAAAUCAGAACAGAGAGUACUUUUCGGCUUUUCUGGGAAGCUGAGUGAAUGUCUUCAUGUUUAGCUGCUAGCUAUAUUGUGAGGCUGUGUCUUUAUGUUUGGAGUUCAUGUAAAGCUCAUGUAGAGAGAAAAAUAAAUCCGGUAGCGACGAGCUAGUGUUUGUGUCGUUAAAAUAGUUUGCAGCUCGAAGCUGUUUUCCGGCUGACCAUAAUUAUUCUGUCUCACCACAUAUUCUUCUUCAUAUGCAUAUGCAUAUGUAAUGGAAGGACACAGCUGGCUAUUCUCUACAUGCACUUUACGCUCACAUAUGGGAAUUAGUUGUUAGAUCAUUUAAACUCAGUUUAUAAUCCGUGAACAAGGGUCUUCUAGGAUAAAUGAGGAAUAAAACGCGACGGGGCGUGCUGUUACAGGAAUAUAAGCAACGACAAAGCAGCCAGAUGUGAAGCCACGAAUGACCUCUGCAGAUAUGGCCACUAAACCGUUCAGGCCUGAGGAAGCACGUAGGAUCAUGCAGUUUCUGCACAGGCCAGCGGUUUUCCUCAACAUGACUGAUAACUGGCCAGGACGGGACUGGACUCUGGAACAUCUGGCACUUUGUCUAGAGGAGAAGCCCGUACGCUUUCGUAUUGGGAAGCGGUGUGAGCAGAAGGCUCCGCUCUUUGAAACAGAGUGCUCAUAUGUCGAAGCAACUCUCACAGAGUUUCUGUGUUGGAUGAGGGGGAGUGACGCUGCAUCUGUAGGCCCAUUUGCUGACUAUCCUCUAUCAGAGUACUGGGCUUAUGCAGACUACAAGUAUAUUUCCCUUCUUUUUCAGGACAAGGACACCAUGUUUAAGGAUGUAGUGUGGUCUGACUUUGGCUAUCCAGGCCAUGAUGGGAGAGAGAGUACUCUUUGGGUUGGUACAAAUGGUGCUAACACUCCAUGUCACCUGGACUCCUACGGAUGCAAUCUUGUCUUCCAGAUUCAAGGCAGAAAACGCUGGCAUCUCUUUCCUCCUGAUGAUGCAGAAUGUAUGUACCCAACACGUAUACCAUAUGAGGAGUCCAGUGUGUUCAGCCAGGUCAACGUGAAACGUCCUGACAUGCGCCGAUUCCCUGCUUUCCGAAGAGCCCGAUCCUACUUCGUCACUCUGGAGCCGGGUCAGGUUCUUUUUGUCCCAAGACACUGGUGGCACUAUGUGGAAUCAGUAGACCCAGUAACUGUCAGUGUCAACUCUUGGAUUGAGAUGGAGGUGGAUGAUGAAGCUCGAAUAGGAGAAGCUCUGACCAAGACCAUCAUCUGUGCAAUAAAGACUAAACCAAGUGUGGAUAACAAAGACAACUGGCUCAAUCCUACGGAGGAUGGGAUCGCUACACAUGAUGAGAACAUGCAGUACUUGAAUCUAGCAGUGAAGGCUUACAUGAAUAAAAAGAGCUUGCAUUCUGAAGACUUGGGCAGAUGUGCAGAAAAACCCAGUCCCUCAGCUUUGAAGCGGGACUCCAGUGGUCAGUUGAAGACCCCUGUCACUGAGCCUGUGACCUCAUUUUCAUUGCCAUUCGGACCUCACCUCAUUCCUGUUACUUGUCAUGCAGACAUGUCUGAGGAACCCAUAGUGACAAACCCCAAAGAUGCUCUCAUUUCAAAAGACAAUACCCUCUUUUACAUGCGAAAAAGAACAAAGCCCCUGCAUACAGAACCACAUGGGAAAGAAGAGGCAAUCAGUGUAUCAGAAGAGGAAGAUGGAAAUGGUGGUGCAAUGUGUAGCCAAAUAUCCACCAAUGAUGUGCUGGACUGCCUGCUACAUCCUGAUGUCAUCGCCCUUGUUACAAAGUUAAUGAUAGACAGACAGAAAGAGCUUGACUGAACAAGUCAGAAAGCAAUUUUUACACUGUAUUAACUUUGCACAUGAAAUAUUGUGGUUAAUAAAGACUUAAUGGCUAAUAAUAAUUAGUGAUAAUAAUUUGAAAGAAAAAGGAACAUGGUUUCUGUCACAUUAUUAGUGAUGCACUGAUUCUACAUAUAUUUAUGUAAGCGUCAAAGAAUUGUUGAGACAAUGCUGUUUUACUUGUGAUAUAAAAUGCUAGUGUGUCAUACCAUACAUCUCACAGAGAUAAAGCUAUAACAUACUGUUCUCUGCUGGGAACAGUGUCCUUGGGCAGUGGAAAGACAAUAUAUAAAGUAUAACUUAUCCCAUAGAUGAAAUUGGAUGAAAAAUAAAGCCUUAAAUCCAAGCACCAAUCUGAAAAUUUAUUUUAUUUACUCAGUUUAUAUCACAAAAAUAAAUGGAGUCUAAACAUUGAUGUUUAUAUUAGUCUUUGCAAAUUAGUUGUCAGCUGAUUUGGUGUCGACAGAUAUACACCAGGUUGCCAGCUACAUCUAUUAUUGCUUUAUUUUAAGUACGUGCUUCUCACAGUCAUGAUCCACAAAUCUCUCAAUGGGUGGAGCAUCUGUUCAUACAGAAUAGUAAACGGUCUGCACUUAUAUAGAGCUUUUUAACCUUAGCUGUUCUACAAAGCGCUUUACACUGUUUCUCACUCACCCAUUCUCUCUCUCUCUCUCACACACACACACACACACCAUGCAAGGUGCUAGCCUGCCAUCGGGGGCAACUUGGGGGUUCAGUGUUUUGCCCAAGAACACUUCGGCAUGUGGGCUGGGAAUCAAACCACCAACCCUACAUACUAGAGGACGCACGCACACAUACACACACUUCAGUUAGCCAAUCCACAAUCAAAACUAGGCAGACAGUAGCCCGAACUCAGGAGCAAAUCCUGGACCCUGGAGCUGUGAGG